GGACUUAAACCAUAUCUUUGUGUCACAUGGACACUCCGCCGCCGCCGCCGCCUCCGCCAUGCCCAUUGCGACCAGCGGCCCUUGCCGCUAAUGAAGAUAAACCACCCCCAUCCGCAUUCGGUCUAGGCAUUGGAGGUCUACGGAAAGCCAAGCAGUGGAGUCUCUUUGAGAACCUCGACGACACCGCGAUGGAAUACAAGCCGGCGACUGCCAAGAUGCGACUGCUCGAUGCCCUUCGCUACCACAAGCCGACGAUUGAAGAGCAGCUCAAUUAUAACCUACCAGGAAGCAUGGAACGUCUGUCCAUGCACAAGCUCAACGACGUCAUGUCCGUGUGCCUUGCACGUAAAGGCAAACGAUUCACGAGUCUACAAAUCCAAUCACUGAGCCUUUUGCUUGCGGAACUGACUGGCGUAUUUGACGCCGUGGACACGGCCUUCAAGUCGUUGUCCCCGGCGGUGUGUCGGUACAAGCCAACCGCGUCCAUCUCAACUCCACCCGCUUCUGACGGGGACGUGGAGGUCCACAAUGCUGCGCUAGCCUUCCAUGUGCUGUGCAACACGUACAUAUCGCUCUUCCAUCGACUGAAGGACCUCGUCGUGGACAUUCGUGCAUAUUCGGUCGUGGCGCGGGGACUGAUGGAAGUCCCACUUGACGACUCGGACGAUUCCGGUGAGAAAAUUGCAUAUUAUUAUACAAGUUCUUUAAAUAUAUCUUUGUAUUUGUAUGAGUCAAUUUUAUUAUUACAAUGCCCAGAAUUCGACGCCAAAGCCAAAGCGCCAUUUCCGACGUUUUUGUUUGUCCUGAUCCAAAAGUACCGCCGCGAGCGCGCAGAUUACGCCGUGCUUGACGAAAAGGCGUCGUCGACGCCGCCCCUCCCGACGCAUCCGUGGUGGCCCACAGAUUCCCAUCCGCCACUGGAUUCCUUGGCGCAGUUCGCGCUCUUCCUCGCGGCGGUCCUGGUGCAACGGAUGCCGUUCCUCAAAGUGGAGCUGGAAGGCAUGAUGGUGCUGCUCCAAGUGUUGUAUGUUACUUUGGACUACCUAGUGAACAUCUGACGACGAUGAAUGAGUAGGAAGGUGGACCACACGGCAAUGGAAGACUCGCUGCAUGUAAACCUCCACGGCGACCAACGAUCGAACUAUGUGCUCAGCCGCAGCAUCUUUGAAUUCCUCAGCACCGUACGCGAGCUGCGAUCCAUCCCCAAGCGAAAAGAUCUGCUCGAACGGUCGCGUCGAAACAAGAAGAAACUGCGGCGAUGUCUGACAAACGCAGACAAAUUGGUGGUGUAAAUAUAACGUGUGAUGGCAAUCAAUGUAGUCUGAAGUCGAGAGCACCAUGCUGCUUCAUGCAGUUCAUAACUAACGCAUCGUCCAUACCGCA